ACAGCUGAUUAUGAUAUUAUUUCAAAAACAAUUACCAUAAAUGUGGAAGAAAUAUCUCGUCAAAAUAAAUAUGAAGGUAUGUCUGAUUGCAUUGAUCUAAAGGAAGCGAAGAAGUUUUGUAUUUGCACAGACAAAUCUUAGUGUUUGUUCGUACUAUUUAAGAGUGAUAUGUCCACGGUAGCGGGUACAAAAUGACAAUGAUAUUUAAAAAAGGGUUUGCAUAAAAAGUGAUUUCUUUGCAGAAGCAAUUUUAUUACUGUUAAUGCAACCUCAAUUUUCGCACGGAAUGAAAGCAUGAAAUUCUUUUAGAAUUAGAUCCGGUUACUUCCAGUGUUUCCGGGUGCCGAAAAUA